GGCUCGAGGCUGGUUGCCUCGGGGCCCAGCCCCCGAGCGCCGCCGGGGAGGGGCGCCUCCGAGCCGCCGCGGCUGGCGCUCUCCCCCCCGGGGCGCGGGCCGUGGAGCCGCGGCGAUGGCCGCCGUGGCGGUCGACGUUGUGAAAGAAUCGACGAUCGGGGUGGGUCUGGGUCGGGGGCAUGCCUCGCCGAGCGGGGUGGAAGAGCACGACGUGCUCGUGCUGGGUGCAGGCUUGAGCGGCAUAUUCCUGCCCGACUAUCAUCUGAGACGCUUGGGCACCAAGCGUUUCGCGGUCCUGGAUCGGCGGGCCGACGUGGGCGGCAUGUGGGCAGAGCUGAGGUUCCCAGGCCUGCGGACCGACUCGCCGCUGGGGCUGUACGGAUACUCGUUCCACGCCUCCUCCAGGACCACGCGCAUGAUGCCCACGCGAGAGGAGCUCCUGGAAUAUUUCAGGGAAGUCGUCGACGAGCACGGUUUGGAUCAGUACAUGCGCUUUGGCCAGCACGUGCAGCGAGCCGAAUUUGAUUCCCAGUCGGGUCGCUGGCAGUUGACCACUUCGGGGGGCAGGCGCUUCAGCUGCCAGCACGUAAUGAACUGCACUGGAUAUUUCGAUUUGUUCGACCCUUACAUUCCAGAGAUCCCAGGAAUGGCAAUUUUUUCUGGCAGGAUUGUGCACACGCAUUCUUGGACAGACGACGUGGAGUACGAGGGCAAGCGGGUCGUUCUGGUGGGCAGCGGGGCAACGGCAGUGACGACCGCGCCAGCCCUUGCCCGGGGCGCUAAAAGCUUGACUAUGUUGCAGCGCUCCCCAACUUACAUCCGAUCGAGCGCACUACACUAUCCAAGGUGGUCUUUCUGGACUAUUGCGACGCGCUUGGUGCAGGCAGGCGGCAUCCUGAAGAUCCUUGGGAGGUGCAUGUUUCGCGCCAUCUUCUGGUGGAUGCGGCGCAAAGCCUUGUGGGAGACGAAAGCUUUCAACGACAGGCAGCUGGCAUGGAGUGCAUCGCUGCCGGAAGCAGUGGCAGCGAGGGAGAGGGACGGUGCAGCGGCUGUCGAGGCCAUUGCGCGGCGCUUCCCGGAGCUGCGACGACACUUCACGCCCGAGUACCCCCUCUUCGAGCAGCGCACGGGUUUCGCGCCGGGCGACGAGUUCUUCUCCGCCCUCCAGCGAGGACGACUCCGAGUCAUCACCGCGCACAUCGACCGCUUCACACCCGGCGGCGUCCGCCUCAAGCCGCUGUCGAGCGGCGCCCGAGCAGCUGCGGAGAGCUGCGGCGAGCCAGAGACACCAGAGCACCUGGAGGCCGACCUCGUUGUCCUCGCGACGGGCCACAAGCUGAGCCUGCUCGGCGGCGUGGAGCUGGUUGUCGACGGCCGCCCGCAGCUGCUCGGCGAGAAGAUGGCGUACCGGGGCGGCCUCAUGGUCUCCGACGUGCCCAACAUGUUCCACUUUUCGGGCUACUUCAAGUGGGACGUACACCCAGCGCCUGGAGGCGCAGGUGCCGCUGGUGCUGCGCAUCCUGCGCUUCAUGCGCUCGCAGGGGCUUGCGUCGGUGGUGCCCCGGUGGCGCGGCGGCCCGGGAGACGUGGACCCGUGCCCGCAGGUUGGCCUCAUCACCUCCUCUGCGGGGCACGCGGACGCUGGCUGGCGGGGCCCUGGCUACGCGAGGCGGGACGCGGCCCAGCGGAGCCGGCCAGGCGUGGGGACCCACUCGCCGUGGAGGGGGGGCUGGAACUACCAUGAGGACUGGCUGGACUGCGGGCAGGCCAGCGUCGAGGACGGCGUGCUCGAGUACUCGGCCGGGGCGCCGCCCUCUUCCCGUGAUCUGGCGGGGGGGGAGAGCGGGCACGACCUGUGUCCUGCGGUUGAAGUGCAAUCCCCUGGGUAGCCGGCCGGAUCGACAGCCACCCUCCGUAGGGGGGGCGAUCGCGGGUCGGCGACCUGGGUUCCCCCCCCUGCUGGGUUCCCCCCCAGCACGGGUGUUCCUCAGGCCCCAUCCUCCGCUCGCCGCCCGGCUCUGGGAGGCGUGGCGGGCAGGUUGAGUGCGGUGCCGCGCUCCAUGCCCCUUCGGCGGACAUGUGCCCAUAAUUUGUCAUGCGUCAGUGCGGUCCGUCUCAUGGUGUCUUUGUGCAAUGUGGCACGUGGCUUCCCACCAUUGCCCAUAUCUGUUCAUCUGGUCCAGGGCUUCGCGGCACCAUUUCACCUGUCUCAAGGCUUUUAGUAUUUUGAGUCAAGUCUCAGGCCUCCCGCGGAUAUCCCCUCCAGAGGCUGCCCUGUCUUCUUUGACUUUUUUUGUCACUUGGCGGCUCAGGCCUCGACCGACCCCAAGACAAUUGAGCACGACCACGCGUCCAUGCCACCGUCCGCCGCCGCCUC